AUGGUUUCCAACAGCGAAAAUUAUACGCAAAGUGACUGGGCCAAUGACAUCACCCUCGCCUUGGAAGCACACAUAGACGCAUUUGCCAUGAACAUGGCCUAUGCUGAUCCUGUUAACAGUGGGGCUCUCUCGGCCGCUUUCACCGUCGCCGAUUCCUUGGGCUUUCGACUUUUCUUUUCCUUCGACUACGCGGGCAACGGUCCCUGGCCUGAAGAUGAGGUCCUCGACUAUAUCAACACCUAUGCAUCCAACAGUGCCUAUUAUCAAUACAACGGCCAGCCACUAGUUUCCACUUUUGAAGGGCCCAAUAAUUCUGAUGACUGGGUAGGCAUCAAGAAGGAGACCAAUUGCUUUCUCAUUCCAGAUUGGUCCUCCCUCGGAGCAAAGGCUGCCAUGAAAAAAGGGGUCGCGGAUGGACUUCUGAGCUGGGCUGCAUGGCCAUGGGGUCCCCAGGAGAUGAACACAUACGUGGACGCCUCAUACAGAGAUUACCUCAGUGGCCUGCCUUACAUGAUGCCUGUCUCCCCUUGGUUCUACACCAACCUUCCUGGCUAUAACAAAAACUGGAUGUGGCGCAGCGACAAUCUUUGGUAUGACCGUUGGCAGGAAGUUUGGUAUCUGCAGCCAGAAUUCGUGGAGAUCUUGACUUGGAAUGAUUACGGCGAAUCUCACUAUAUCGGUCCCAUUUACGAAAAGGCUCUGUCCCCUAUGCACAUUGGUGAGGCACCCUUCAACUAUGUGGAAAAUAUGCCUCACGAUGGCUGGCGUUUGUUCCUGCCAUUUGUGAUCGACAUGUACAAACAAAACGUCACCACCGUCACUCAGGAGGGACUGGUGACAUGGUUCCGACCACAGCCUAUCGGGGCCUGUGAUGGCGGCAAUACAACGAUUAACACUGCGAGCCAGCUUGAGAUAGAAUUCGAGCCUGCCAGUGUACUGACCGAUGAGAUCUUUUUCUCUGCCCUCCUCGGAUCCAGUGCCGACAUCUCCAUCACUAUUGGUGGCAGCCCCUUGAGCGGAGUAACAUGGAUGCACAAGCCCAGUGGUGGAGUGGGCAUCUACCAUGGCAGAGCAACUUAUACUGGCACAGGCGCCGUCGUGGUGACCAUCAGUCGCAACGGUGAAACCAUUGCCGAGGUCACUGAAGGUUCCAUCUCCGCCACAUGUAAUGACGGCUUUCAAAAUUGGAACGCGUGGGUUGGAAGUGCCUCCUCUAGCAAUACUAUCUCGGCCAAACCUCCCUCCCUCUCCAAUGAUACUUGUGUCGAAGGCACGGGUACUGGUAAUUUUGCCGGACUAUGCGAAUACUCAUGUCAAUACGGCUACUGCCCCGUCGGCGCCUGUUACUGCACCAAAAUGGGCCCUGCUGCCACCCUUCCCAACGCUACAAACACCAUCGGAUACCCUGCGGCUGGCGAGGAUGCCAAUUAUAGUGGCUUGUGUAGCUUCGACUGCAAUUACGGGUACUGUCCUGACGGUGCGUGCGGCACAGUUGACGUGCCCUUGUCUACUCCCACCAGCUCACCCUUCACCCCCUCCGCUUGUGUGGCAGGUGAAGGAGAGGGUGGCUUGGCUGGCUUGUGUUCGUAUGCUUGCAAUUAUGGCUACUGCCCCAUCAACUCGUGCACGUGUACAGCAGAGGGUGUCUUAAUUGACGCCCCGGCGGCAAAUUCCAGUCUUACGGGGGUACCCGCGGAUAAUGUUGACUACAACAAGUACCAUGGACUGUGCGAUUUUGCCUGCAGUCGAGGAUACUGCCCAGAGGGAGCCUGUGUUCUGUCCUCUAAUGCAGGAUCUAGCUCCUCUAGUGUGGGCCAUGAUUCGGGCUCCUCUUCCUCAAGUACAUCGAAUGCGACCGUGGUCUACAUCGAUUCCGGCGUGUGGCUCAAUCCAGAUGCCUCGUGCGAGAUGCCUUGCACCAUGGUGCUGCCCGACAUUACUCUCACGACGACCACGACUAUCACGCGGCCUCCGUAUACGACAACAGUGGAAGUCCAGUGGACAACUACCAGUGUGGUGACUCAGGACGACGGCGAUAUUUCCACUGUCACCAGAACCAGCAAGGUGGCUGAAUCUACCGUGGUCUCGCUUCCUCUUAUCACCACCACCGGCUUUCCGGUUUCGAACUUGGUACUUCACACGGGUGGUACUUACCUCCCCACGCCGCGACUCCCUCCAACGACGGUGACAAUUGACGAUGACCCUAACCCCCUUGACGAGCCUGGUGUCACCCAUACUCCCAGGAAUCGCACGAUAAUCAUCCCCCCAUAUCCCUGGGAUACCUCCGUGUAUGGCAGCAGCUCAAGUAGCGACGAUGAUCUCGUCCUUCCUAGGCCUCCAUCGAUCGUUAUCACCGACGGGCCUACCAGUCCUAAGUGCCCAGGUAAAUGCAGCGGCACAGUAUGCAACGAUCUUUUCUGUAACUGCUCCUGGGACUGUCCGCAUACAGGCUACUCUUACGAUAGCGAUACCAGCUCGGGGACGAACAGCGACGGCGACGGCGACACCAGUGGCGACGGCUCCGAUGGUGAUUCCGGGAGCUCCUCU